AUGGCGAGGGAAGAAGUGUUUGAGUUUCUCGGUUGCGUUCCUUUGCUUCAGAGGCUUCCUAAAUCGUCGUUACAGAACUUAUCUCAGCUUGUGAUUAUCAAAAACUAUGAGCCGGGAGAUUAUGUUGUUCGCGAGGGAGAGCCUGGAGAGGGUCUUUACUUCAUUUCGGAAGGAGAGGCUGAGGUCAUUGGAUCUGGCAUUACUGAUAAUGAAAAGGAUCAUGAGUUUCAACUGAAGAGAUAUGACUAUUUUGGUUUUGGUUUAUCAAAUGCAGUUCACCAUGCUGAUAUCAUAGCUUUGACUAAGCUAUCUUGUCUAGUGCUGCCUCAUGAGCACUUGGCACUGUUGCAGCCAGAGUCUAUCUGGAGUGCAGAAAAAUCUCUUGAGAGAUGCUCACCUGUAGAGCAUAUAUUGCAUUUGGAACCAAUAGAGGUAGAUAUUUUUCAAGGUAUAACCCUUCCGGAUGCUCCAAAGUUUGGGAACGUGUUUGGGGGACAAUUAGUUGGACAGGCACUGGCUGCAGCAUCAAAGUCUGUUGAUUGUCUAAAGGUUGUUCAUAGCUUGCAUGCAUAUUUUCUUCUUGCGGGGGAUGUUAACAUACCAAUUAUAUAUAAAGUUAAGCGUCUGCGUGAUGGGAAGAGCUUUGCUACAAGGAAAGUGGAUGCCAUUCAAAAGGGAAACGUUAUAUUCACUUUGCUGGCGUCAUUUCAGAAGGAGGAAUUAGGGUUUCAACACCAGGAAGUGCCUAUGCCAUCAGUCCCUACCCCAGAUGAGCUUAUAUCUAUGGAGGAGUUACGAGAGCAACGUCUUACUGAUCCUCGUCUUCCAAGAACAUACCGGAACAAAGUUGCUACAGCUAAAUUCAUUCCCUGGCCCAUAGAGAUACGGUUCUGUGAACCUAGUCCUUCUACAAAUCAGACCAAGUCUCCUCCUAGUUUGAAAUUCUGGUUUAGAGCAAAGGGAAAGUUGUCAGAUGAUGAGGCCUUGCAUAGGUGUGUGGCUGCCUUUGCUUCUGAUCUAGUAUUUCUUCAUGUAAGUAUGAAUCCCCAUCGUCGGAGGGGUUUAAAGAUUGGUGUCUUGAGUUUGGACCACUCCAUGUGGUUUCACAGACCUAUAAGAGCUGAUGACUGGGUGCUAUAUGAUAUCUUUAGUCCAAACGCCUUUAAUGCGCGCGGCUUUGUUACAGGCCAGAUGUUCAAUCAGAAGGGAGAGCUACUUGUUUCUUUGGUUCAAGAAGGCCUGGCGAGGAAUCGUAUUCCUAAAAAAUCAGCCACCAACUCUAAGUUAUGA